AUGUUAACAAAUAUUUCAUUUGUUCAAGUAUUUGGAGUUUUUACAAGAACAUAUAUUUUACUUUGUUUUGUUAUUACAGUUACUGCAAUUGCUGCUUUUGCUUUAUUUAUGCAAAAAUAUAUUCAAAAUAUAAUAUCUCGUAUACUUUCAAUUCGUUUUACUGAUGUUGUUAAUACAUCAUCAAAUAAUUCAGCAACAAAAUUAUGUGAUUGUUGUUCAUCUAUUUGUAAAGAUAUUCGAAAUAAUAUAUUUGGUUACUUCAUACCUCUUAUUAUAAUUAAUUUACAUUAUGUAUUAGUAUCAUUAUUUAUAUCUUCGAGUAUAAUAGAUUUUAUUGAAAAUCCAUUAGAAAUCUAUGAAUUUUCAAUGAAAAAUCUUUUUAAUGGUUAUUUAAAAGAAGAAAAACGUUUAUUUGCUUAUCGAAUUGUAUCAUUUAUAUUUGGUAUAGGUGAUAUUGAUGAUGGAUAUAUAUAUUGGACAUGA